CGGGGCGCGUCGUGUUCCCACCGUACGCGUCUUGUACCAGAGCCUCUCUCUCGGGACUACGGACUCUGGUACGAGGACGGCACUAUCAUUCUCAUUGCCCGCAAUGUCGAGUUCCGCGUCUAUCGCGGUCCCCUUGCCAAGCACUCUCCUCUUUUCCGCGACAUGCUGUCCAAUCCCCAGCCCAUUGAACCUCAUUUGCUAUACCAGGAGCAAGAACAGAGCCCCGAAUGUCCGCUGAUACACCUCUCUGACUCCCCGGAGGACCUCAGACACGUCUUGCGCGUCUUCACGAUCGGACGAUCGUUCGAACAUCUUCACUUCCAUGCUAUCUCCGCAUGGAUCCGCCUCGGCCACAAGUACCGAAUCGACAAGCUCGUUGACGAAGGUCUCUACCACCUCCGACGCGCCUACCCGACGGCCCUCCCUUGCGCGAUUGCCGUCGUGAAUCUCGCCCGUCUCACCGAGAGUCACGACCUCCUGCCGUUUGCGCUCCUCGAGUGCUGCGAUCUGGAGAAGAAGAUCACUCAAGGCUUCACGCGCGAGGACGGCUCGCGGGAGUUCCUGAGUCCCGAGGAUCUCGAAGGGUGCUUCGCCGCGAAGGAGACGCUCGUUUUGUGGAAUGUCCGGGCCGCAAUCGGGGUAUCGGAGUCCGUGAGUGUCGAUUACGAGUGUCAUUUCGAAGACGAGACGUGCCAUCACAUGGAUGUCUGCAAGGAAUGGAUUCAGCGCUGGCGGCGCAAGUUCAAGAGAGGGGGGCUGUCCACUGUAACAGUCGACGACUUGAUGGCGGAGGGGAAGGUGGAGGCGUACAGAUCACCAAACCUGUGCCCCAACUGUCUCUACCAUGCCGGCGAGCGCAUCUACAAGGAGCGGCAGAAGUUCUGGAAUGCCCUGCCUGCAUAUUUGACGUCGUUGUGCCAGACGGAUGGGAGGUUGAGGUUGUGGAGGGUUAUCCGCCACCCUGAGACGAGGAGAUCUGAGGAUGCAUGUAUAUUUCUCCACAUGAUAGAUAUCGCGUCCGCGGUUGCUUGA